CCACACAGUAUUUAACCACCCCCGAGGAACGGUCACAUUGCUGCGAGUCUGAAUAUUUUUUUGCUUUGUGUCGCGUUUUAAUGUGAAAAGAAAAACACUUUUUCCACGGUUACGGGCGCAGAAAUCAGUGCAAAACAUUGCGAAUACGGAGUGCCCGAAAAUGCAGGCGGGGCAGCACUAAGUCGGAGCCGCAUCUCCCCCGAUUUCCGCCGUGCUGGCAGCCAACGUUGGCAGCCCGAAUCCGAAUCUCCAGCGCACUCGUUUAUUAUUAAACAACGGGCAACGGAAACAGGGAAAGAAAAACGCAGAGAAUCCAAGCCAGAAAAUAUGUACAACAACGGGGCCAGGGGCUUCUCCAUUCACGACGCCUUCGAGGAGGAGACCGACGAGGCGAUACGCGUCUAUGGCUCCACCGUGAUAUCCACGCCCAUGAGAGGCAAGCAAGGUCGCUCCACCGAAGACGUCUCCAUCCGGAUUCAGGACCCCAAGGGCUACAACAAGUAUGCCGAGGACACAACGUCCCGGGACAGCGACUCGCUCAUCCAGGAGUACGGCAACCUGCCCACGGAGGAGACCAACACAUACUGCUGGCGGCAUCCCAAGGUGCGUGAGAACUGGCGCACAGUGCUGGCCGCCUUUACGCUCCUGGUCGUGGGCACGGGCCUCUUUGUGAUGGGCACCUUUGCCAUCGCGGAUCCGCAGAACACGUCGCAGGGAGUCGUGUUCUUCGUAGCGGGACUCAUCUGCUUCAUACCCGGGGCCUAUCACGUCGUGUACAUCUGGCUGGCAGCCAAAGGAUAUCGAGGGUUCGACUUCUAUCACCUGCCGCUGUUCACAUAAGCGUAAGCGGACAUCUGGACAGUCGAGCUGGUUGAUCCAUGGACGAAGAGAGUGGGAGAAGCCCCAUCUAUAAAUAUAAAUCUGUGUUUGUUUAUACCCGACCCGUAUAAACAACUUAUUUUCUACAUUGUAAUCGUAAUUAACUCGAAACUUGGUUUGUGUAACGUACUUUUUGUGUUUAGCGGCAAAAAAUUUCGUUUAGACAAAUAUCCCUUACCCCUGAAAUCCGAAUUGAAAUCUAGCAAUAUAUAGAUUAUAUAUUUUACAAUAUUUUCUAUUAUGUACUCGGUAAAGUGUUUUUUGUAUGCCCCUUCUCCAAAACCGAACCCAAGAAAGCGAAAAACAUUCAUACGUACACUCGAAAUUGAUUUAAAAACAAAAAAAGAGAAGAAACAAACGAAAGACUUUGUAUAUGAUGCUAACAUGUUGAGGAAGCAGCGCUAGAGUUAUAACGUAUACUAUAUAUAAAUUGUAAUUUAUUGAAAUUUAAUUGCACCAAAAACGCCGCGAGGCGUGCGAAAAUGUUUUACGAUUUUCAAAACCAACACUCAAGAAACUAAAAAGAUUAACAACCGUACACCCACGAAUCUAUGUAUGUAUAUGAUUAGUGAGCGUCUGUCCAGGGAUGCGCCUUAAAGAACUAGAUCUAGACCUUAGUCAACGUCGAAUUAUGAUUAUGAUUAUGUUAAAGCCUAAUGGCAAUGCAGCGAGGACUCCUCGAGCAACCAUUAUAAUACCAAGCUACUAGUGAUGUAAGACGAUGCGCCGAUAUUGCAAUACGUUCUUUUAUAGCUAUAGUGAUGACGCGUCUCUUUUCCGCUGACCUUUAACCCCGUCCCCUAAUGAAAUUACAUCUCACACUCACACUGAUUUCAUUUCUGAUAACUAAUCACUCACACACCUCAUCAGCCGCUUAGUUGUUAAUGUCGUAUAAUUUCAUUUUAAGAAUGAAUGCUGAAUAUGGUUGUAUUAAAACGAAAACGAUUAUCACAUGCGAAAAAUCCAACAAGAAGGAGAACAAUCGAAGAUAUACAAUAAAUUUACUUAAAUCACAACACAUUUUGUGGCUAAUAGAGGACUCCUUUUUCGAAAUUUACACGAAACCUCUUUUGUAGAUGUAAUUUUGUGACUUUUGUAUGUAUUUUCCCAUUGAAUGUUGGUUUUUAUUCAAAUUAAAAAUAUUAUUUUUGAACGUUUCAGUUUGUUCUUAUUUUCUUUUUUUUUUUUGGGUAUAUACUGAUAUCGAUAUGAUUGUAUUUUAUCAACUUUUUUCUUGGUCGUGUUUAAUUGUUUCUUUAUUUUUCUUUACUUUUUUGGCACUCUUUUCUGGGAAUUGAUUUCAUUUCUCUACGCAGCUAAAAACGAACGAUAAAUUUUAUCUUUUCUUUUGGGGCAUGCCCAUUCAACUGUAUCAGACUCCAUCACUAUCAAGUUCGCCCUCACUCGACAGUGCGUUUCAUGACUGUAAGAUAAGAAGUAAAGGGGUGUGUCUAUUAAAUCGAUUUCAUUAACUAUGUCCUAAUUAAAUUCAACUCAUAAUUAUUAUACAUAUAUUGGCUCUCUUGCUGACUUUACUCUACAUCUUUUUGAUAAUUAUAAGUGCUAACGCCCAUUCAUACAACCAAGAAACGCACUGUCUGCCAACUCCAGCUCCAAACCAGGACCAAAGUGCUCUUGGUUAAAUGGCGAUGCAAAUGAGUUUGAAGUGAAACGUUAGGAACAAUCAAAUCGGCAAUGGAGCAGGGGAUAGAUACUUGCUCAAUAUACGAAGUUAACGACGGCUCUAAUAGGUUUAAUUAUAUUGGUGUUGUGCGCCUCUUCGAAUCGAUUAUUUUUGUAGCUUCGAACUUAUUUGAAUUGUAUCUAAAUAAUUGUUGCCUCGAUUCCACUCGGUUCGAUUCGAUUUGAUCCGAACCGACUUGUUUCGCCUCGGUUCGACCGUUGAUGAUUAAGCUUUAAAUGUGCUUAGCGAAGUAAGUGUGGAAAUGGAAUAAAGUGC